AUGGCAUUCACAAGCCUAAGCUUCAUACUGACGGCACUGUCAAAUAUCCCCUUCCCCGCCACUAAGCAUACUGAAUGGCGGGACGCUAUGACUGAAGAGAUCAAUGCACUCCUCAAAAAUCAUACAUGGACUUUGGUUCCUUCCUCUCCGUCUCAGAACUUGGUUGGCUGCAAUCCUGUUGUCAAGCCUGCCACCAUUCGCACUGUUCUCAGCCUUUCAGUUUCUCGUGGUUGGUCCCUUCGUCAACUUGACGUCAAAAAUGCCUUUCUUCAAGAGGAUGUCUACAUGGCUCAACCCCUUGGUUUUAUUGAUCCCACUCGUCCUUCUUAUGUUUGCAAGCUCCAUAAAGCACUAUAUGGCCUAAAACAAGCACCUCGUGCUUGGUUCCAUCGCAUCAGUACUUUCCUUCUCUCGGUGGGCUUUACAAGGAGCCAAGCUGACACUUCAUUAUUUAUUUUUCAACAGGAGUCUUGUACCAUAUUUCUCCUUCUAUAUGUCGACGACAUUGUGGUCACUGGCAGUGAUUCCACUCACCUCCAGCAAUUCACCUCUCUUUUGGGUGACCAUUUUGACAUCAAAGACCUUGGUCCACUAAGCUAUUUCUUGGUUUUACAGGUUCUUCAUAAAGAUGGUAUUCUCCACAUCAAUCAACUCAAAUAUGCACAUGAUCUUUUACAGAAAGCCAAUCUUCUCAACUCCAAACCCGCAUAUACUCCAUUGGCUGCCAAGGUUCUCUUCUCUGUCUCUGAUGGUGCUCUCAUCUCCAACCCAACAGAGUAUCGCGAGCUUGUUGGCAAUUUACAGUAUCUCACUCUUACUUGCCCUGACAUAUCUUUUGCCGUCAACAUUGUUGCCCAGUUCAUGAGUGCUCCUCGUACCCCUCACCUUGUUGCCGCCAAACGGAUACUUAGGUAUAUCAAGGGCACUAUUGAUCUUGGCCUCUCCUUCACUCUUCAAACUGCUGCCGCUCAUCUCUCUGCCUACUCUAAUGCAGAUUGGGCUGGGUGCCCCGAUUCUCGUCGGUCGACCACUGGAUAUGUGAUUACUCUUGGAACUAACCUCAUCUCAUGGUGUUCCAAGAAACAACCCACAGUCUCGCGCUCUAGUACAGAGUCCGAAUAUCGUGCACUCUCUCAUGCUUGUGCCGAAACCAAUUGGCUAUGCUCUCUUCUUCAUGAAUUGGGUGUGCGUCUUCAAUUCCCGGUCCAACUCUUUUGUGACAAUCUCAGCACCACGUACAUGGCUGCCAAUCUAGUUUUCCAUGCCCGCACACGUCAUGUUGAGUUAGACUAUCACUUUGUCCGUGAAAAGGUGGCUCUUGGAAGUCAUCAAGUUUGCUUUAUUCCUUCUGUCGACCAACCUGCGGACUUAUUCACCAAAGCUCUUCACAAACCACACCAUCAGCUUAUGUCUUCCAAACUUGUGCAUCCCUGCGGACUUAUUCACCAAAGCUCUUCACAAACCACACCAUCAGCUUAUGUCUUCCAAACUUGUGCAUCCUGUGAUGCCCAGUUUGCGGGGAGAUGUUAA